UACCCCUCGGGCUACAGCACAAGGCGUAUCGACGCACGUCGACAGCGAGUCGCGUUCACAGGCGGGCCGUGUCCAAAGUUGGUAGUGACGUCGUUCGCGAGAUCAACAAGAACCUGAUCGAGUCCAGGGCGGCGGGAGCCGCCAGCAGCAUCGUCUACCUGCACGACAGUAGACUCGCCAGGUGGGUCCGAGUCCAGAAAGAUUCGCGGUCGGCAUGGAGCACACAGCCUCCGUGCUGACGGGGGAGUGCAAUCCCUGCAUUUCUAACCAACCAGGAAGGGGCAGGGCGUGGAUCGGCUCGACCACCAGCGGCUCUCCGGCGCAGGUGAGCGGAGCUGUCCUGCCGUCCGAACCUCAUGUCCAAGGCCACGACGGCAACCCGCAGCACCACGGCGCCGACAGCAGGGCCCGCGUCGGCUCUCCGCGCAGCAGGGCAGCGGAGGUGGAGCGGUCCACCGAACCCCACGACGCGCUCUCAAACCACACCCAUAGGAGCGUGUCGGCGCUACGUCGGCGAGAACUGGGGGCGGCCAGCGCCCGCUGGCUCGGGGACCGCGACAGGGGCCAGGUGGAGUGGUGCGCGCCCAGCGGUGAGGCCGAGCCCGUGGACGUGGUGUCGAGCCGGUUCUACUUGGAGCAGCGGCUGCGGGAACUGGAGCAGCGUGCGCGCGCCGCCGAGGACUGCGCCGUUGUCGUGCCGCAGCUCGUCGCCGAGGUGGUCUGCACGUCGUCCUCGCGGACAGACGCCGACAGGGUCAAAUGGAUGGGGGCGUGGUCGGGGCGCACGGGCAGCGAGUCGUCCUUCCAGCUGGCCUGGAACGCCACGGAGGAGGAGCGCGUCCUCACCUGCAUGCACGAGGCCUGGACGCAGGCGGGGCUCGUGGCGCUCCCCUGCGCCAGGACCCCGUCGGACGUCGAGCGGCUGGGCUACGGACAGGACGGCGAUCCUCGCUGGAAGCACUGUUUCGUGGGUGUGGGCAGGCUGGACAAGCUCCAUGAACGCAGCCGGAACCAGGGGCAAGGUAUAAAACAAGCACUUUCACUAAAGUAACUUACCAGCUAGCCAGUUAAAAUUAAU